AUGGUGGGGGAUUCAGGUGAUUUAACUUCACUGGGACUGUCGUUUAGUGGGGAUGAGGGUAGACGAGGCGAAGCAGGGGUGGGUAGAGGAGAGGAGGGAAGGGGGGACGGGGAGGUUGAGAGAAGUGGGAACCGAGGAGGGGGGAAUGAAUGCGAGGAAGGACGGGAAGAACAGAAGCCGCGGGGGGGAGAGGGUCGAGGAGGAGACGAAGGAAUCCCCUCUCAUAGCGACCAGCAGCGACAGCAACAGCAGACGCAUGAGCAUCAUCAUCAGCAGCAACAGGAGCAAAGGGAGGAAAGAGAGCAACAGGAACAGCAGGGGCAACUGACGAAACAGCAGGGAGAUGAUCGGGCAGCAACAAUGGCAGCAGGGGCGGGGGCUGCAGAGCAGGCAUGUAGAGGCCACGUGGCAGCAGGCGUGGGGGCAGCAGUGCAGGCGUGUGGAGGCCACGUGGCAGCCGCCCUGCACAGCCAGGAGAGGCUAGACGCGGCCCUUGGGAGGCUGGCGGCUGGUGGGUGUGUGGGUAGGAGAAGUUUUAGCCAGGAGAGGCUGGAUGCGGCUCUUGGGAGACUGGCAGCUGGUGGGUGGGUGUGUGUGUAUGGGUGUGCGGGUGUGGGUGGGUGUGUGGAUGUGUAUGGGUGUAUGGGUGUAUGGGGGGGUGGGUGUGGGUGGGUGUGUGGAUGUGUAUGGGGUGUAUGGGCGUAUGGGU